GCGAAUCAUACGCGCUACCGCUUCCGGGGUCUCCUUCUACUCCUUCAAUAUGGUGGAUGAGGCGACUCGCCGGGUGGUGUCGGAGAUUCCGCUGCUGAAGACCUUGGCGAGCCCCCGGGACAAGGAAGUGUGGGUGCAGCGGCUGAAGGAGGAAUAUCAGGCCCUUAUAAAGUACGUUGAAAACAACAAAAAUGCCGAUAACGACUGGUUCAGACUGGAGUCCAAUAAAGAAGGAACCAGGUGGUUCGGGAAGUGCUGGUACAUCCAUGAUCUGCUGAGAUAUGAGUUCGAUGUGGAAUUUGAUAUCCCAGUUACCUACCCCUCAACUGCGCCUGAAAUUGCCAUUCCGGAACUGGAUGGGAAAACAGCCAAGAUGUACAGGGGAGGGAAGAUCUGCCUGACUGAGCACUUCAAGCCGUUAUGGGCAAGAAACGUUCCGAAGUUUGGGCUGGCGCAUCUCAUGGCUUUGGGGUUGGGCCCGUGGCUGGCCGUGGAGAUUCCGGAUCUGAUCAGCAAGGGACUGGUGGAACAUAAAUCCAAGUGAACCUAGAACCCCCCCAAUGAACAUGGACUGAUCCAGAGGGUUCCCCAGCCGCUGCCGGAUCCUGCGCCCCAUCCAUUCCUUGUUUAUUGAUCAGGAUCCCGUAAUGGGGCUCAUCAUCAUAUUCUGGGGGCGCCCCCCCCCCCCAUAAACCCGCCACAUAAUAAACAGCCUCUCAAUGCCGACCCGUUAUGGUUCUUUCCCUGCGUUUGACCAAUCAGCAGCGGCCGGCAGCAGCAGCUCUUAAAGGGGAACUUAACCCAAAUAUUGCUCUUGCCUAAUAUAAGGAUUUAGGGGACGUUCCCAUGUAACAUCUCUCGCUGUUAUAUAAAGUUAUUAACCCUU